GUUGCCACUUCAAUCAGAGUCUCAAUGAAGUGCUUUAUUAAAUGAUAUAGUUCAAUGAUAAAACCUAAUGGUGCCAUAAUUUGCACAGGAUAGUCAUACCCAGCAAUAGAGUAAAAUUGAUUUGUUGAUGAAAUGACUGCGGCUUUUGCAUUUUCUGGAGUCUCAUAUUUUGGAUAUUUAUUUUAGAAUACCACAUUGGCCAUCAGAGAAUACUCCUAUAGUUAAAAAAGUUUUAGCUUGUCUCUGACAGAAUUUCUAGUCUCUUUAACAGGAAUUAAUUAUGAUACCGCUCCUGCCAUACCUUAGUCAUACUUUCUCUUUUAUUUAAUUACAGCAUCAAAUCUAUCGAGAAUGGCAUCUGAAAAUAAGUCAGUUGCAUUUUUAUAAUCCAUGAAUACCAUCUAUCCUAAAGCUUCUGUCCAUUUUCCUUUUGGGGAUUGGACACUUUGA